AUCAAAAUGCCUCCUGGAGAAACAGCCUAGCUAGCUAGACCAAUUUUAGAUUCAAAACGCAAAAAGAGCGUGUGGCACUUUACUUUGUUUACUGAAAAAGUGACAGAACUGAGACUUACAAAGAAAGCUCAAGUGUGUGUCCAAAGCUUCAAUAUAAUGGCUACUGGAGAAGACUCAGGGUUAGUGCCGUGGAUUCGCAAGAAACUUGGUUUCAAGACCCCAGAGAGGAGAACGAGGCUGGACACUGUGCCAGAUACACCCAGUGUUCAGGAGCAGCUGGCCAGGGAUCUGUGGGAGGCUGUAUGCAAUGAUGAUGUCAGCAAAGUGAGGUCCGUUUUGGGACAGGGGGCCAACCCCAAUCACCAGCUCUACUGGAGUGAGGAGUGGAAUAAUAAACUAGAACUCCCUCCAGUACACCGAGCAUGCUCGAGGGGCUACCUGGAGAUCACUAGAGCACUCGUUAGUGGUGGAGCUGAUAUUGAGAAAGGUGAUGGAGUAUCGGGCAGGACUGCAUUUCACCAUGCGUGUGUGGGAGGACGUAUGGAGACUGUGGUGUAUUUAUCACAAGAGAUGAAAUGCCGUAUUGACGUGAGGAACAUGUGGGACCGAACACCACUGCACCUGGCUUGUGUGGGAGGAUAUAUACAAGUUGUAAAAUACCUUGUGGAGGUACUCAAGGUUGAUGUUGAUGUGACUGAUGUUUUUGGCAAGACUCCUCUUGACAAGGCAGUACUGUGUAGGUGCACUGAAGUUAUUGAUUAUCUCCGGUCUAUACAACCCUCCACUCCUGAACCAGAUGCUCCAAAUGGUUCCAAACAACUUCUUUCUAAUUCAAGGGUUGACGAGACCUCAUCAAUGACCUCUGACCCUCUGUCUGGUCAACAGACACCCAGUGCUGGCGAUAAACAACCAGAAACAACUGAUACUCAAAAUGAUUCCACACAACUUUCAACGGAUGACCAAACCUUGUCAAGCACUCCAUUGACUGAGGAAGACUCUGAUGCUCUAGAAAAGCUGCUCCUAGACAACAAAAUCUCUUUGACUGGUGAAAGGACAUAUGAGACAGUAGUUCACCACCUUCGUGAGCUCGGACAUAUGGAACUUGCAGCCAACCUGAGGGAAAACCUCGACAAAGUGAUUGGAGAGCAAAAGCGAUAUCUGAAGAAAUUGGAUGAUCUGAUGACUGACAAAGACACUAUCUCCAUGCAGUACCUCCGCCUCCUUCUUGUCGGGCCACCAUUCGUGGGGAAAACAACAACUCUUGGCCGUUUACUGAAAGAUAUCGAAAACAUUAGUUCUGCUGGAGACAAGGCAAAGCUACGCAGUACGCUACUCACCAAUUGCCACCAAGUGGUCGCCUACAUGAACAAAGAUGCCACAGAAUGGGUUUGUUCUAAAGACGUAGAAGAGGAAGCAAAGAUCCUCUUUGGCUACAUGUACAGUAGCAAGGUCGAUGAAGUUCCGAGUGCUCCAACUGAGAAAAAGACAAAAACUGUCCCCGAAAGCAAAAAGCACACAAGCAUACCCAAGCCACUUUCUCUUGAAAAGCCUCAGUCAAAGCCUCAAGAAGAAACACACUCUGAAAUACAAGAGAAUGCUCACCAACAAAACAGGCUCAUACCCAUCAAAGCUAGAUUACAAAAACUGAUAAAGAACGGAAACUACUCUGAAAUGGCCAAAUGUCUCGGCAACACCUUGCUAAACAUCAACGAUGUUGGAGGACAACCUGCCUUCCUAGAAAUGCUACCAGCCCUAUGUAAUGGUCCUGCCAUGUAUCUAGUGUUCUUGGAUCUAAGCAAGGAACUUGACGAACCCUACGAUAUUCCCUUCAGUCGUGACAACACAGUCAUUACUCCAUUCAAAGCUGCUCACACAGUGGAAGCCACCGUCUCUCAAAUCCUCUCAGCAGUUGCAAGUAUCCAUCACGUCUCUCGAGAAGAUGCCAAGUACAAAACCACCUCCAAAUUGAGCGAGACGUUUGAAAAGUUCCAACAAGUUCGUCCAGUAGCAGCUUUGAUUGGUACUCACGUGGACAAGCUGGAGAAUCCGAAAGAGAAAAUCAAGCAAGUCAACGAUGCUCUAAAAGCAACUACUCAAAAGUUUGCCGAGAUCCUUGUAUCACCUCCGCUAAAUUCUGAAUCUUCCUUUUUUGCCGUGGACAACUUUGCUGGAACGGAACAGUCUGACAUUGCCCCGAUUCGUGAUUUCCUGAGCGAUGUUUUUGCGUCUCAUUUCAAGGAUGCAUCUCUGCCCAUCAAACCGAAAUGGCUCCUACUGGGUACACUACUGCGGAUGGAAUACUCAAUCGUGUCGAUGGAAGACUGCCUGGAAAUCGGGAGAUUGUUAGAGAUGGAUGAAGAAGAUACCAAAUUCUGUCUUUGGUACCUACAGAAGAUUGGAUCCAUACUCCAUUACGGGAAUGUACCCAAUGAUAUUGAUGGCUGGCUAAGCAACCACAUGUUCUGCACCCCUGAAGUGAUCUUCACUAGCAUCAGCCAACUGAUCCUUGCUGCUUUACGCAUCCUCCAUUCUGAAGGUCACGUCACUGAAUUUGAGCGAGCGGAGUUGGUCAAGAUGGGGCAGUUUUCACUGGAGGCCAUUAUCAAGUACUGUAAUGGUCCUGAUGUUGCAAAGAUGCUCAAGAAAGGAGAGAUUAUCCCAGCCAAGUAUCUCAUCAUACUGCUGCAAUAUCUCAACCUUCUCUCAGAAAUUGUCCACAAAGAUGCCAACAAUCCGAAGGUCACUCGAAUCACCUACCUCAUGCCGGCUAUUUUGGACUGUGCUUCACAAGACGAGCUAGCCAACCCACCUCAACCGGACACCAACAACCCAGAACCACUCCACAUCACAUUCAGCUUUGGUUACGUACCAACAGGAGUCUUCUGUGGGCUCAUCACUCGAUUAGUUUCCCAAGGCCCUCACGGAAUUCUCGGAUUGACGUGGGAAUUGGUGGAAGAUGGCGUAAAACGAAACUGCGUCUCCUUUUAUGUUGACUACGUACACAAAGUGACACUGCUCUCUCACGACAGAAGCUACGAGAUAAGAGUUGAACGCAAUGCAAAACAGAUGGAUUUCUCGCUUCACGAUCUUUGCUCCCACACUUUGUCAGCAAUCCUGUAUAUGCUCAAGAACCUGUUCCCAAAGUUGAUCCUCAGUGUUGCAUUUCAAUGCUCCUGUCCCAAACACGCAGCAAGCAAGAGUCUCAACAACCUUUGCACCCUUGUUCAAGGCCGAAAGAUCCACUUCCUGUGUGAUAGAAGUCCCGUCACCCUCAGUGAAGCACAACAAGUGUGGUUGGGGAAGCACGUGUGUCUAGGAAACAGGACGGAACUAGAGGUGCUAAAGUUUGCUGAGGAUGGUUUCUCCUUCCACUGGAGCAAAGAGGGCUCCAGACGUCAGAUUAAGACAACUGAUGAUCGGCCCAACACUGUCAGCUUCCCGAGUGUGAGAGAGGAGGACUUUGGUCACUACCAGUGUGAAGUGAAGGAUGCAGCUGCUGGGAAAGUGCUCCUCACUCUCUACACAGCUCUCUACAAAGAGGACACAAAUCCUCUAGCCUCAGGCCAGCGCAAAAAGUCAUUGCCAUCAGAUGUAGAAGUUGAAUCUCUGUCGAAGCGUCCAAAUGAUGUCACUGUACAAGGAUCAUCAUCAGAGAAGGAUACUAGCAAUGGAGGAAGUACACACCAGUCGAUUGUUCUGACUGGAGAUGAUAUUCAAGCAAUUCGCGAGAGUCUCAAGAAUGCAAGCAAAGAUUGGUUUGAUUUAGGAUUGGCUUUCGGAGUGAAGAUUAACGUUUUGGAAAACAUUGAAGAUGAUUACCGUCAUAACGAUCGCCGCCUAAUGAAGGUGGUAGCCAAGCGUCUUGAAGUCACUGAUCCAGAACAUCCGAUGACAUGGCCUUACAUAUGUGAAUGUCUAAGGAGGCCUACUGUUGCACGUAACGAUGUAGCCGAGGAAAUUGAAGACAAGUAUGUGAGGACAGCAACUGCAGUUGCUCAUAGUGCCACCAAUUGAUCAUGAGAACCUGACAAGGUAUGGAAUUCACUUGAAUUAAGGGGACGAAUAAACAUUGCAAGUAAAGAACUGACUCUGAAAAACUGAUCAUGACUCUGUAUUAUUAUACUGACAAUGUCAUUUAUAUACACUUAAAAUAAUGUGACACAAAUUAUUUUAUUUGAGUUCAAGCUGUCUUCCAUUGUUCCUGGUAAGGAAUCACUUCAGUUGCAGCUUCUUAUAGAAGUAUUUAUAAAUGAGGUGUUUGUUUGAUGAUCCUUACCCACUAGCCAAUGGAUCAACACUGAAAGUACUUGCACUAGCGCUACUCGAUCGCGAGCACGGCGCUGCUAUUACUAACCCUCUACCUCAACAACACAAGUCUCUCCUGUCAUAAAGAGCUACCCUACAAGUACAGCAUCCUGUACAGAAAGGUGUGUGGAUCUACCAGCCAUUAUAUUCUGCACCUAGUAUCAAUCAUCUCAAUAAAAUAAUGUCUUAUUUAUUUUCCUCGUACAGUUAUCGGUGGUCAGGUAUCCAGCGCUGAACAGCAUAUUGACCAGCGACUACUAACACUCAGUCUAGAACCAGACAUUGAGCUCAGGGGAAAGGUUGGUUGCAGGACCAUGAAGCGUCUGAUGCUGUACAUGAGUGACAGUCUACCAAUGUACACUCUGGACUGGCCCUGGGUAGACUACAACAAGUUGCUAGUACGUUCCACGUUCUGUGUGCAGUGUACAAAGCUGUAGUGGCCAGAGAACCAGCAAAUGAAAACUAGAAGUGUCUACUUUGAAAUAAUGUUCUCUCUCUCUCCUUCAACGAACAUCAGCGAAUCUUUCAAGAAAUUGGGAAUUAAAGACACUUCACAAGAUAUUCUCCUAGUGGCACUGCAUUCAAAUGAGGCUGAUGCAAAGGCGUCUGAUUUAUUGGGCAUGAUUGAGGGUGACCUAACACCAUUGCAAGGCAUCCACUCGUGUAAUAAUACACAGAGUAUAAUCAAGGAGUACAAGAUUCCUCCUGCAGAGCUGAUGAUAUGCUCACUAGAGAACUGUGUAGUUACUAGGCUAGUCAUCAAACACGUUACCUAGGUCACCACCAUUAAUGUGUUAUUGUUUAUUGUGUUGGCUAUAAUCAUUAUCAAGAGUUCAUGAACUCUUGUCAUUAUCAA